UUCAAUACAAUAAUUAUUAAAGGAAAGGAAUAUGUGACAGUGGUUCAAAAUAAAAUGUGAUGUUACUAUCUGGGCACUCCUCAACUACAUAAUUAUAACAAAGUGACAACAGAUAUUAAACAACAUCAACCCAAGCAUCACUUCAUCAUGGCGUCAUCUACUCCUUCUGUACCUCUGUGUAGUGGAGCUCCGGUCUCAGGAACCACGCCUACUGUGUCACCAGAAGAAACCAACUUUCUACGAUUUGUCAAUCUAGUCUUGAGGAGAGCACGAAAAGCCCUAAGGAUCCAUUUUGAUACAGUUCAUCUUCCAAGCAAUCUUGCUACUGACCUGGCAACACAGAGACCUAUGCUGUCAAGCUUGAAAGCUAGACAAGUAAUAAACAAGGUUCAGUGGGACAAACUUUUCGGAGUUCCCAAUCCAAUGUCAAAGGACUUUGAUGUUACGCUUUUAAUCUGCCUUCUACGAAACAUGAGUCCCUGUACACCAGCACCAGCAGGAGGAUUCGAUAUUCUGCCUACUCCAUUAGAUAUCAGUAUUGGGGCCGACUUAGCAAGAAUUAAGUUCUACAGGAACAAGAUGGCCCAUUCAUCAGAUGCAAGAAUGAAUGCAAAUGAAUUUAAUACUAGCUGGACAGAUGUAGAGGAGGCUAUUGGAAGACUUGGAGGUUCUGCAUUACUGAAUGAAACCAAAGCUUUACGAUUUUCUCCAAUGGAUGAAUCUGAGAAAGAACUUCUUUUGGAGCUUCUUCUGGAAAUUAAACAUCUGAAAAUAGAACAGUUAGAAACAAUCCCUCCUAAUGUUAGAGGUGAUCUUUGCAUAAGAAUGAAAAAAAAAAUGUUGAAAUAUUUUUCCUCCUAUAAAAGUAAUAGUG